GAGGUGGUCAUGGGGCCGCGGCAGGGGUUUGUCCCCUCCUCGGCUUCCGUAGAGGAAGUCGCGCCGACCUGUAUCUGGGGUUUCUGUGUCCCCGCCUUCCCGGGGGUCCGGGGUGACAUUGCACCGCGCCCCUCACGGGGUCGCGUCGCCACCCCACGCGGACUCCCUGGCUGGCGUGCUUCAUCCCUUCGCUUCUCUUGGCCGGGCCCCCACCUCGCCCCCAGCUGCCCAGCCAUGGGGGCCGCAGUGUUUUUCGGAUGCACUUUCGUCGCUUUCGGCCCGGCCUUUGCGCUUUUCUUGAUCACUGUGGCAGGAGACCCGCUUCGCGUCAUCAUCUUGGUCGCCGGGGCAUUUUUCUGGCUGGUCUCCCUGCUCUUGGCCUCUGUGGUCUGGUUCAUCUUGGUCCAUGUGACCGACCGGUCAGAUGCCCGACUCCAGUAUGGCCUCCUGAUUUUUGGUGCUGCAGUCUCUGUCCUUCUACAGGAGGUGUUCCGCUUUGCCUACUACAAGCUGCUUAAGAAGGCAGAUGAGGGGUUAGCAUCGCUGAGUGAGGACGGAAGAUCACCCAUCUCCAUCCGCCAGAUGGCCUAUGUUUCUGGUCUUUCCUUCGGUAUCAUCAGUGGUGUCUUCUCUGUUAUCAAUAUUUUGGCCGAUGCACUUGGGCCAGGUGUGGUUGGGAUCCAUGGAGACUCACCCUAUUACUUCUUGACUUCAGCCUUUCUGACAGCAGCCAUUAUCCUGCUCCAUACCUUUUGGGGAGUUGUGUUCUUUGAUGCCUGUGAGAGGAGACGGUACUGGGCUUUGGGCCUGGUGGUUGGGAGUCACCUACUGACAUCGGGACUGACAUUCCUGAACCCCUGGUACGAGGCCAGCCUGCUGCCCAUCUAUGCAGUCACUGUUUCCAUGGGGCUCUGGGCCUUCAUCACAGCUGGAGGGUCCUUCCGAAGUAUCCAGCGCAGUCUCUCGUGCCGACGGCAGGAGGACAGUCGGGUGAUGGUGUAUUCUGCCCUGCGCAUCCCACCCGAGGACUGAGGGAACCUUGGGGGGGGACCCCUGGGCCUGGGGUGCCCUCCUGAUCUCCUCGCCCUGUAUUUCUCCAUCUCCUGUUCUGGACAGUGCAGGUUGCCAAGAAAAGGGACCUAGUUUAGCCCUUGCUGUGGAGAUGAAGUCAAUUGGAGGUUCAAGGGUAGACGAGCUCUGAGUUUCCCAGUACCCCCUCCCCAGACUGGAUAUCUUAGUCUCUUUCUCAGGUCUGAGGGGAACCAUUUCUGGUGUGAUAAAGACCCCCAAAUUGCCUUUUUUUUUUUUGAAGCGGGAGGAGGGAGGAAGUAUGUUGGAAUUCUUCUCCUAACCUCCUUGGACUAUAUUUUCCCUCCUCAAAUUGCUCCUUAUGGCUGGGCUUAUAUCUGUCCAGCUUUCCCCUUGGUCCCAGGCUUUGGGGGAAAGGAAGGAAGUGCAUGUUUGGGAACUGGUAUUACUGGAACUAAUGUUUCAACCUCCUUGACCACCAGCAUCCCUCCUCUCCCCAAGGUGAACUGGAGGGUGCUGCGGGGAGCUGGCCCACUCCAGAGCCGCAGUGCCACUGGGGGAGUCAGCCUACCAUGACAUCACAGGGAAGGAGGGCAGAUUUUUUUCUAGUUUUUAAUUGGGGGGUGUCGGGGGGCGGGGAGGUUUUCUAUAAACUGUAUCAUUUUCUGCUGAGGAUGGCAUAUCCCAUCCUUUUAAUCAAGGUGAUUGUGAUUUUGACUAAUAAAAAGGACUUUAUAAUUGUG